UAAAAAAUGUUACUGACUCAAGUAGUUGCUGGAAAAGUUUAUGUUAUGCAAAUGAGUAAUUUUGUCUUGUUGUUGUUUGCAGUGUUGGUGAUUAUAUGUGGAUGUGAUGCAAGGAGCACGAUCGAUGGAAAGAGUGAGUUAAUAGACAACGGGGAAACACUGGUAUCUGAUGGAGAAAACUUCGAAAUGGGAUUCUUUUCUGAAGGGUUAAACAGGUAUGUAGGCAUAUGGUAUUACAAGUUAAGACCUCGAACUGUUGUAUGGAUUGCUAAUUGGAACAAUUCGAUUCGAGCUUCAACAAAAAAUAAGGAGAGUGUUUCCAUUGUCGUUCAUGAUGGUAACCUCAAAAUUUUGAAUUCAAGUAAUGGCGACACUUAUUUCUCCUCGGGAUUAGAUGGUAACUCUAGCAUUAGAGCAGAGUUGUUGGAUACAGGGAAUUUGGUUUUAGUUGAUGAAUUAGGAGCUAAAAUGUGGCAGAGUUUUCAGAAUCCAACGAAUACUUUCCUUCCUGGCAUGAAUAUGGAGAGUCUGGAAUUAACUUCUUGGGAAGGCUCUGGAGAUAGGAAGUACAAAUUCAAAGUAGAUCAAGGAGACAACAAAAAAUAUGUGAUAGUUGAGAACGAAGUGGGUAUUCACUGGCAAGGGUCUGUAGGAGGGUUUGAGAAAUCAACUGCCUAUGAAUUCUUCAGAUUCAAUGAUAUGCCUUCUUUUGUAACCUUCUUUUUAUCCAAUAAUCCAGUUGAAGCGACAAGAACAUUAUUCAAUAAUUCAGUGGAAGCGACAAGAACAUUAUUCAAUAAUAAUCGUAAUUUUACUCCGAUUGAUUUUUCAAGGUUAGCCAAUUUUAGUAACAAAGAUUCUAUUUUCAAAGGUACUAGACUCCUGAUGAACUCCUCUGGAGAAAUACAAUUCUACUUUUGGGAUUACGAGAGUGGAUGGUCCUUGGUCUGGUCUGCCCCAAAAGAUAAAUGCGACCAGUUUAGAAAAUGUGGGAAAUUUAAGAUUUGUAACAGCAAUGAAAGUUCAGAAUGCAGCUGUUUGCCUGGGUUUCAGAGUGAUUCUCGAGAAGAUUAUGGAGACGGGGAAAAUUUAGGUGGAUGUUCGAGAAUAUCAGAUAACUCUUGCAAAGAAGACACAUUUGUGCAUCUGAGCUCAAUGAAAUUUGGAAAUUCAAAAUGGACAGAUAGAAAGAUUAAUACCAGUGAGAACUGCAUGAGUCAUUGUUUAAGCGACUGCUCGUGCAAAGCAUAUACAUAUUAUAACUAUUCUGGAUGCUGGUUUUGGGAGUCGAAUCUCAAUCUCCAGGAGAACUACCCUGGUGGCUUCAAUCUCUCUGUCCGCGUGCCCCCUACUGAAGUUGAAACACAAGGAGGACCAUGGAACAAUACACCGAUGCAGACAUCCUCACGGAAUCAGCGACCCCUUGUUAUUUCCCUCUCUGUAAUUCUUGGAGUUAUGGUUCUGUGUGGUAUUAUUUAUAUAAUUUAUCUGAAAAGAGUGGCAAGAAGUAAAGAAGCCAGAGAAAUUGUUUUGGGAGUGCCUAUGGAGUACUUGCCUCAUAGAGAUAGUUUUGAUGAAGAUUUAAUCACUGAAGACGAUAAGAAACGGAUUGAUGUCCCGUUUUUCAGCUUCAAUAGCAUACUAGUUGCUACAGAAAACUUCUCAAAUGCAAGUAAGCUCGGGAGAGGUGGAUUUGGACCUGUUUAUAAGGGUAAGUUUCUCGGAGGUACAGAUAUGGCAGUUAAAAGGUUGUCAAGUGAUUCUGGACAAGGUGUUGAAGAAUUUAAAACUGAAGUAAUGUUGAUUGCCAAACUGCAGCACAGAAAUUUAGUUAGGCUUCUAGGCUAUUGUGUUGAGAGAAAUGAAAAGAUUUUGUUAUAUGAAUAUAUGCCCAACAAAAGCUUGGAUACGUUUCUAUUCGAUCAUGCAUUCUGUCGAUUACUGGACUGGAGGAUUCGUUUUGAAAUUAUAUUGGGUAUUGCUCGAGGGUUACUUUAUCUUCACCAAGACUCGAGGCUAAGGAUCAUUCAUAGAGAUCUAAAGACAAGUAACAUAUUGUUAGAUGAAGAAAUGAAUGCCAAAAUAUCAGAUUUUGGCUUGGCAAGGAUCAUUGAAGGCAAAAAUACAGAAGCCAAUACUAACAAAGUCGUUGGAACAUAUGGCUAUAUGUCUCCGGAAUAUGCAAUGGAGGGACUCUUUUCAAUCAAAUCUGAUGUAUUUGCCUUCGGAGUGGUCUUACUUGAGAUCAUAAGUGGGAGGAGAAACAUGGAAUUUUUCGAAGAUGUUAACCUCAUUGGUCAUGUAUGGAGACUCUGGAUGAAAGACAGUGCAUUAGACAUGAUGGAUCAAACCAUAGUUGAGUCGUGCGAUGAAAGUGAAGUGCUAAAGUGCGUGAAUGUGGCACUCCUAUGUGUUCAAGAAGAUCCAGCUGAGCGUCCUGUAAUGUCAAAUGUUGUUUUUAUGCUUGGAGGUGAAAGCAUAACACUACCAAGACCAAAUCAACCAGCUUUUAUAGCACGAAGAAAUAGUGCUGGUGCAAGUACAUCUUCUUCGUCUUCUAAGCUAUACAACAAUUCCAACAAUGGGUUGACAAUAACUCAACAAGUAGGCCGAUGAAAUCAAUAUACAUAUAAGUUAAAUGCAUAAUGCACACAAGCCAAUAAUGUGCCGGUAUAUCUUUUCUUCAAUUUCAGUUUGAAUUUCUGUUAAAUUAUUUUGGCACGCAAAAUAACCGAUUGUGUUGUAGUGUCGGAUAGAAUAAUUAAAAAAUUUAUUAUCAAGUAGAGUUAUGUACAAGUUCUAUAAAAACUUUGUUUGGAUAUAAUGUCACAAUUAAUGUAUUAUGUAUA